AUGCCUGCGCACGCCACGGAUCAGCAACCCGUCAAGAAGCAGAGCAAGUGGUCGCCAGAGGAAGAUGCACUCAUAAUCGAGCUUCGAGGGAGUGGCAUGAAGUGGGAGGACAUCUCCAAGCGUCUGCCAGGCCGGAGUGCCAUAAGCUGCCGCCUACACUACCAGAACUACCUCGAGAGACGAAGCGAAUGGGACGAAGAGCGCAAGAACAAGCUUGCCCGGUUGUAUGAGAGAUUCAAGCCAGAAAUGUGGGCCAAGGUUGCGGAAGAGAUGGCAGUUCCCUGGCGAGCAGCCGAGGCCAUGCACUGGCAACUCGGUGAAGCGGACAUGGCUCGACGAGCAGGUGUUAUCCCCUUCUCCCUAGCCGCCGUCAACGUCGACAGCAACAACAGCCACCGAAGCUCUCCCUCACGCAGCCACGUCCACUCCUCGUCGCAGGGCAGCAUGCCUCGUGAUCUCGGGGCUCCUUCGCCUCGAGCAAUGUACAGCAGAGCACCCCCGAUGCCAGUUGCCAGCAGCCGAACCAUUGUCCGCCGAGAAUCUAUCCCUCCGCCGCCUCCUCCUCCAAUGGCCAUGGGCCCGGACCACCCCAAGGAAGUUCACUACGUGCCAGGACCAGGGCUGGCCCCGAUCCAGAACCAACCACCACCUAGGAGUGCGGGUAUGCUUCCCGGUGUUGCUGAACUCACUACUGGUGUCAGCCCAUACAGCACUCCCGCCGGAGCCCCCAAUGUUGGAUCCAUCGCGGCAGCGAGCCAAGGACCCCUCUUUUCCAGCCUCGCCAGCUACUCGAUGGAAUCUGCUGGAUCAAAGCGACGGGCUUCAAGCCCAGACCGACUUCAACACGAGGCGAACCACCGACGACGCAUGGCAUAA